AUGCCUGCUAUGGGGAGACUCUUGGGAUUCGUGCCAUUUGCAAUGUUGAGCACUGGACUGGAAAACGCAGAUACUCCAGAUUCCACUCCAACCUCGGUGGCAUCAGCAGCCCAGGAUGCGAUGCACACGACGGCAGCUGACGGAAAAUACAACAAUUUUGCAGAAAUGUCAGGCUGGGUAAAUCCAACAACGACAGCGACAGGUUUCCAUCCUGAAACGGUUCCAUGGCCCUCAGCCAGCGAGGUGACCACAAACCCAGCACCAAGUGAGAGUCCAGUGGAUGCAGCCAGCUCACAUUAUCCCUCACUAUCAUCAUCAACAACAACACCCUGGACCACACCGUCAAUUUCAAACUCAUCCUCUCUCACAUCCGCCCAAACAACAAUAACAACAAGCACAACCACAAUCUCAGCCCCAUCCUCAGAAACAACCUCAGCGACCAGCGACUCAACCGCUUUCUCCGGGGGCCCAUCAAAAGCAACAAAAAUCGCCAUAGCAGUCCCAGUCUCAGUAGUCGGCCUAGCUCUAAUCCUAGCGCUACUAUUCUUCCUCUCCCGCCGACGACGCCGCGAACAGAAACGCAAUGUGCUACCACCGCCCUACGACAUAGCAACAGGCCAUCGAAGCGCGGUAUCAACGCAAGAGCUAAUGAUAUCACCGAAAUCCUCAACACCAGAACCAAGACGUUCAGUCUCAACCCCGGCAAUGUCCUCAGCGCCGACGUCUUUGCCCUUGCCCAUCCCGCGGAUCCCGGUUAUCAGCAUCUCACCCUCGACGGAAAGUCGGGGUCGAACGCCCAGUCCCAACCCUAGUCCUGGCUCGGGCUCUGUGCACCGUAUGUCUAUGACUCGUGGACCUGGUGACUCUGAGGCGGAACUUGGGGUUGCGGUUGCUGUUCCGAUGGAUCAGAGGCGGAGUGCUACGGAGCAGGAUUUUAGGGACCGGGUUGCGUCGGUCACGUCGUCGAGGGGACCGUCACGGUUGGCCAGGAUGCCGUUUGAAGACUUUUCGGAUGAUGAGGUUGGCAUUGGGAUUGCGAAUGGUGGGUCAGAUGAUGAUGAUGCUGUUUCUGAAGUGUCGGAUUUGGGUGGGCGGAGGAGGGAGAGGGACUUUGAUGAGGUUUCUGUGGUGUCGUCGUUCGAUGAGGUGUCACCGAUAGGCGAGCAGGAGAGGAGCCGGUUUCGGGGAGUCUGA